CAUACUGACACAUAUUACCUGGAAAAAUGAAUACAUUAAUGAGAAUCUCAGAGACUCCUCCUGUUUUAAAGUUUCACGGCAGGGCUCAUCCUCAGAAACAACUAGUGAUCUUGAACCCCAUUCAUACCGAUGCCUCAGAGUUUCUUUGGAUGAUUUAGAACUCAACUCCCGUCUCUUCACCAUGUCAUGAACCAGAGGCGGAAAAAGCUGGUGUACAGUGUCAUACAAUGCUAGAAGAAGAAAUGGAACGGGAUGAAGAUGAAGUAAUGAGUUCUUACGUUAUCGAGAACAAUUCUAAUCAGCAAGAGGGAACUGGCGAAGCAGUUUCUAUUGAUGAAGCAAUUGCAUGGGCUAAGGAGAAAUCCCAGUCACUAUCUUUUGGCAGACAGCAUAAAAAUGUUUUGAUAGACCACCACUCAGAUGAACUGCAAGAAAGGCCUAAUAUGCAUGAUUUUGUUGGGCAUCUAAUGGAUGGACAUGGAACAAGGCAAUUGACUAAGAUGGAGAUCGAGCUAUUGGAUGAAGACAUCAGGUUGUGGUCAGCUGGAAGGGAAACUAAUAUCCGUCUGCUGCUAUCAACACUACAUCCCAUUCUGGCCAGACAGUGGUUGGUAUGCAAUCCCACUAACAAGCCUUGUCGAAAAGCUCACAAGUCAAAAAAGUUUAUCAGAAAGCAUACUUGCUUGUGGACCGUUCUAACAAUGGAUGGACAUGGAACAAGGCAAUUGACUAAGAUGGAGAUCGAGCUAUUGGAUGAAGACAUCAGGUUGUGGUCAGCUGGAAGGGAAACUAAUAUCCGUCUGCUGCUAUCAACACUACAUCCCUGGUUGGUAUGCAAUCCCACUAACAAGCCUUGUCGAAAAGCUCACAAGUCAAAAAAGUUUAUCAGAAAGCAAGGCUAUGUUUCCACCCUGACAAGUUACAACAAAUACAAGCGUAAAUAUGUUGCAGAGAAGACCUUUUCCAUCCUGCUG